UUGGCAUAGGCGGAAAUCCCAGGGGGGACGGGGGGGACACGACCCCCCCAUCCUGGGAAAAAUAUGACUUGUCCCCCCCAAUAUAUCACUGUAAACAUAACUAUGUAAUUUCAAUAAUAUUAAUAAUACGCAAUGAAAGCACUUGUGCUGAUUAUAGACACUUAAUAGCGCGUUUUUAAGUUUCACAAGAUUGCGACCCCCCCGCCCUUUGCCUCACGAUGGUUUGAUCCACUGCCAGUUCUUUAGCUUGCAAGGUAAUAGAGGGUUCGUAUCUACUGUCCGAAAGGCACUCGAUGUACGUAACUGACGUGAGGCAGAGCAGGCAACAGAUGGCACACAGACAGCUGAGUUGGGGACAGAUAUGCAGGGACAGACUGGCAGAGACAGGGAGUCUCAGGAGUCAGACUGUGAGUCAGUGAGGGUGGUGAAAGGGAAAGAGCCAAGGAGAGAGACUUCAGAGGACAGUGUCACAGCCACGGCAGGACCAGGUGUCACCCUUGUUGCCAGCAGCACCAGUAUAGGGGACAGUGGCACAGCAUCGUCCAGUUACCUCAGUGAUGGCACAAAACCAUAUCAGCCACACCCACAAUUUAUAGAACCGCAAACUCUUGCCAACAGAGUGUUGACGUUUCAAGAGAGAUGGUUUCGCGAUUUCCCCUGGCUACAUUAUAAUCCAUCAAUAAAAGGAGUGUUGUGUUUUCACUGUAGCCAAGGGUUUUCAAGCCAGCCAUCUUUUGGCCAAAGAGCAGAUGCUGCCUUCAUUAGUGCAGGAUUUAGGAACUGGAGAAAAGCCAUUGAAAAAUUCACAGCACAUCAAAACUGCCAAACCCACCGCCACUUUGUAACUGUAACAGCACACCAGCUAAAUCCAAUCAGUGUCCAGUUAUCCAGCGCGUGGGGUAAACAGCAGGAGGACGCAAGGCAUUGCUUGAUGAAAAUUGUUAGUUCGGUGCGGCAUGUAGUAAGACAGGGACAAGCCUUUAGAGGCCACACGGAUGACAGUGGGAAUUUAUACCAGCUUUUGAAACUCAGGGCAGAAGAGGAUGAUCCCAUUUUACUGAAGUGGUUAACAGAGCGUACCACAAUGUACACAGGCCCCAAAGCACAGAAUGAAAUUCUGAACAUGGCCAAUACAGUCAUUCGAGGCAUUGCAGCUGAGAUUAGGUCUCUUCCGAUUGUACAAUUUUCAUUAAUUGUUGAUGGUACUCAAGAUGUCUCUGGUGCUGAACAGGAGAGUGUCUGUCUGCGUUAUGUUGACCAUGACCUUGUCCCUCACGAGGACUCGCCUGUUGUCUCCGACACCCUGUCUCUGGUAUGCAGGCUGCAGUCGAGUGUGUGCGGUCAUCUCUUAGGGGCAAGAGAAAUGACGAAAGCUACCUUGCACUGUAGGAGAAAGCAACAACUUUGAUUGACUCUAUUGAA